AGGAAGGGUUGGAGGCAGGGGAAGGGAGGCAAUCGCGUUAAUCCCGGGCGCCGCACGGCAGCAGGUUUGCGUUGGAAAUACCGGCGGCAGCCCGCCGCCGCCGCUGAAUGAGGAAGGUAAAACGAAGCGAUGCGAGAGCCGCCGAGGCGACAUGUACGGCGGCGGGGCGAGAGGCACCGGCAGGCGGCUGCCCGCCCCCUCCCUGCCUGCCUGCCUGCUUCCCUGCCUGCCUCCUCCCUCUCUCCCUCCCUCCCUCCCCGCCGGGGCGGGGAAGGACCGUGCCCGGGUCUCCCCCGCUCGCCGCCAGCCGAGCCGGGGGGCCGCGGGGCUUUAACCGUGUGCGGGGCGGAUUCGCCACUUUUUCCGGGGGAGGCCCGCGGUUAAAAGUUUUUUUCCGGAGGUCACUAUCACAUGACAAAGGCAUUGAGACAGCUUCAUCUUCAUCUGUCUGUAAUUUCCAUUUGCCUUCCCGGGUCACAGUAAUGAAAGGCAGUAGUAGGAAUAAGGAUCAUUCGACAGAAGGGGAAGGAACUGGGAAGCGACCAAAAAGAAAGUGUCUUCAGUGGCAUCCCUUGCUUGCCAAAAAACUCCUUGACUUCUCUGAAGAGGAGGAAGAAGAGGAAGAGGACGAAGAUAUUGAUAAGGUGCCACUUCUCGGCGCUGACAGUUUAGAGCAGGAUGCUGAUGAAACCGAAGAUGACGAGUCCUCAGAGCAGCGAGCUCGCCGACCAAUGAAUGCAUUUCUCUUGUUCUGCAAGCGCCAUCGCUCCCUCGUGCGAAAAGAACACCCUCGCCUCGAUAAUCGUGGCGCAACCAAGAUCUUGGCAGAUUGGUGGGCUGUUCUAGAUCCAAAAGAAAAGCAGAAAUACACUGACAUGGCCAAGGAGUACAAGGAUGCUUUUAUGAAGGCAAAUCCAGGGUACAAGUGGUGCCCCACUACAAACAAACCUGUAAAAACCCAGACAUCCACUGUAACAAACAGGAAAAAGCUAUGGGCCUUUGCAUCAGAUGCUACAAAAGACUUACCAAGCCCAAGGAAAGUGACGACAAAAAGUGAAGAAAUGCCACAGCUUAACUUCGGGAUGGCAGAUCCUACACAAAUGGGAGGUCUGAGUAUGCUGCUUCUAGCCGGGGAACAUGCCCUGACUGCACAAGAGGUUUCCUCAAGUACUUGCCAGUCUGAUGCAACUAAUUCUACAGAAGCCUGUCAGAAGUCAUCAUUGUUUCAGUUUGCAGAGAUCUCUUCGAGCACAUCACAGCCUGGAGUCCCAGGAGCUGUAAAACAAACUGAGGAGUCUGCACUGUUUCAGUUUGCUGAGAUUUCUUCAAAUACAUCACGUUCAGUUCCUUCUGAUUUAACAAAACAAUGUGGAGCAUCAGCGUUAUUUCAGCUGGCAGAGAUGUGCCUUGCUUCAGAAGGAGUAAAAGUGAAAGAACCUGGGAAAACAAAAGUGGAAGCACCGGAAGAUGUGGGAGGGGAAGUUCUGGAGGAAAUGGAAGUAGAACUGGAGAAAGCGAUAAAAGACUCCUGUAAAGGAAAAAUAGAACAAUUAGAGAUCAAGAGAAUGCAAAACCGGGAUGACACAAAAGCUGAGGAAUCAGAAACUGCAAAAUGCAGAGAUUUUACUAGUCUCGCAAUGGAGAACAGUCCUUUUGAAAGAAAUGAUAACACAAAGGAUCACAUGUGCUCUUCUCCAGAGCUUUCAAUAGCUGACAUGAAUAUCCUUGGGCUAAAGCCAGAAAAGAUCAAGAAGAAAAAGAAAAAAAAUAAGCUGGACCGGCACACAAGUGAGAAAUCCACCCCCAAGAAACCCUGUAAAAAAAGGCAGUCCUCCGAGUCGGACAUUGAGAGUGUCAUGUAUACGAUUGAAGCUGUUGCGAAGGGGGACUGGGGUGCUGAGAGACUUGCUGAUACUCCCCGCAAAAAACCCCGCCCUGUCUCAAAUGUGAAGGAAAGCAUGUUGGAUACAAAAUCACCAAAGAAAAAAGUGAAGUCAAAAGACAAGAAAACAUCAAAGGAGAAACCCACGGAGACCACCAAAGAAUCAAAGCCUCCCGAUUUCCUUAGUAUUGCAGCCAGCAAGGAAGAACCAUGUGAGGCUUCUGAUAACAUUAAAGUGGAACCACUGACCCCAACAGAGGAGGUGGUACCCCAGAGCUUACCAGAACAGGUCAAAACUGAGGACAGUGACUGUGUUAAAAAGAUAGAAACCUGUGGCUCGAGGAAAUCGGAGAGAUCUUGCAAAGGUGCUCUUUAUAAAACUCUGGUGUCAGAGGGCAUGCUCACAUCUCUGCGUGCUAACGUGGACAGAGGAAAAAGAAGCUCAGGAAAAGGCAACUCCUCAGAUCAUGAAGGAUGCUGGAGUGAAGAAAACUGGGCUUUUUCCCAAAGUGGGACAAGUGGGAACAAAAAACUGAAAAGGCCUAGGCCAAAGGAAGAGUUCGUUUUUGGCUUAGCAAAGUUGGAAGAAGAAUUUGAAAAGAAAUUCAACAGCCUCCCUCAAUACAGUCCUAUUACCUUUGACAGGAAAAAUUCAUCUGUUCCAAGAAAAAAGAGGAAGGUUGGAAGUGGCUCAUCCGAACAUCCAAAAUCCAACAAAGGUUCAUGCCAGUCUAAGAAAAAGAACUUUUUCUACAAAAUUGUCAGCAAAUAUAAGCACAGAAGGAAGCUUAAUGUUCCGGACACAGCCAUACUUUCAGAAGACAGAAUUUCCAGUGAGUCUGCCUGGAAGAAUAAAAUUUCUAUAUCUGCCCUAAACACUCCAGAGCCAGCAAUGAUGCAUGAGCCUUUAGUUGGCAGCCAGAAAAGGAAAGCAAGGAAAACUAAGAUCACACAUCUUGUCCGAACAGCAGAUGGUCAAGUGUCACCAGCAGCAGGGACACUGGAGGAGAAGCUGAAAGAGCUGCCACAAAGUACUCUUCAAAAAACACAAAGUGCAGAAACAGAUUGCAACAGUGAAUGCUCCAGAAAUGCAGAGACAGAAGAAAAUCAUAGUAUUACGUCAGAUAUGCCAGCAGUGUCUGCAUUUUUUAGCUUAGCUGCUCUGGCAGAAGUAGCAGCCAUGGAAAAUGUACACAGAAGUCAGAGGGCCACACCUCUCCCACAUGAUGGACAGCCAAAUGAAAUGUCUCAGGCUCCAGUGCUUAUUUCCUGCGCUGACCAGUGAAGCUCCACUUUAUUGUAAAACAUUGUGCUUUACCUAAUAUCCUAGCCUUGUCUUUACCAAGGGAAGCUAGUCAGUCCAUAUGAUGGAAACUAUAGACUGCAAGCAAGUGCUUAUUGUUCUGAGUGGCCCAGAAUUCACUGGAAGCCAGACGUUAGCAACUUGGGCCAGGUCCUCAAAUCGGAACCCAGUAUGUAGGAGGGUGAUAUUAAUUGUCUAUUAAUGAACAGAAAUGGAAUGAUCCUAGAGCUUGCUUUCUAUUGAAGGCUUUUAAACAGUAAAUAGGUGGUUGGUGUGAAAAAGGCUGCCUUUACUGUUAGCUCACUCAGCAUCUCUUUUACCAACCAGAGAGUACGGCAACUAGUUUCGUAUAAUACCUAGUUAUUCUAAAUUAAAAAAAAAAAAGAAAAAAAAGAAAAAAAAACCAACAACAAAAACACUGACGCACUGCACUAGUUAUUAUUAGAUAUUCUUAGUCAUUUUUGUACAUGAAGAUUUAAGUUCUAAGAUGGUUUAUAUUAAUAGGUUAUGCCUACAUUUAUAUUGUAGAAUGAAUUUAAAACCUGUUCCAGAGAACUCACGGCAGCCUGGACAGAUGUACCAUUGUUAGCGGUGUUUGGGCAGCCAUGUGGUCCAGAUGUUCUGCACUUUUAUAUUUGCCACCGGAGUGGUAGAGUUUACUGGGAAAAAUUCUGACAGGCGAUGUUUGGGUUUGUUUCUUUUUACUUUAGCUUUGAAUAACCAGGAUGAUGUGCAUUAGAAAAAGGAGUGGUGUAUGGAAAAGAAAAUACUGCAGAUAAUUGACUUGUCUUUCAUGCCUUGGAGGGUUCCUUUAUUUUUGCAUAGACUUGGUAAAACUUUCCUGUAAACAAAAAGUACUGCAAAUGCGUUUUUCAAAAGUGACCUUAGUAUUAUUUCACCGUUCGGAAAAACCUAAAGCCGUGACUUUUGGAUGUACAUGUACACCAAUACACAUACCUUUUACAUUUUACAGACACUGGCAUUGUUGUAGUUACUAUGCACAGCCCAAAACAGCUUCAGAGUUUGCGUGAAGGGCCAAUUACAGUUUGUGUGGGUAAAGUGGCAAGUUGUAUACAGAUAAACUACAACUGAAGAAGAGUCAUGUUUGACUGAAUUCAGACAACCAAACAGAUCCAUCUGCCAGUUUCUGUCUUUGCUUAUGUUGAAUUUUUGUGUUCUGCUCUCAUAAAUACAUCCCAAAAGCAGGCCAAGUGUAUCACUUGGCCUGUUACCUUCGCUAUCUUGACUUACACUAUUGUAUAACCAAGCAUUGAUUCCUACCAAUAGAUGCAAAACGAUCACUAGUAAUUGAUGUAAAGCUACAAAUUCAACAGGGUACUUCUUCAAUAGCACAAGAUGUUUCCCUACUUUUUGCAUUGUAGCACAACAAUGUACCAAAUUGGACUCCAGCAAUAAUUUUCUAUUAGUCUUCGUCAUACCGGCUGAACUUUUGAUAGUAUUAGAUUGAGUUUGAAGUUCUUUGAACUAAGUCUUUAAAAUGAUGCGAGUUUACAUCAUUCUAUCAGGCAUUCUUAUUUAUACUUGACUGAAUUGAUAAUGUGUUUUGGGGUUAUUUUGUAACUAAUUUGAUGUAAUAGCCAUAUGGACAGUAACUCUAUUAAUGCUUGCUAGGUUUAGCCUUUCAUUGUAGUAGUUAAGUGAAAGUCUUUGGUUCAGUGUCAGGAAACAUACAACAUACCACACGAGUUGUAACAAAGGAUUAAAGGUCUGACAAAAGGCAGGUAGCUGGGGAAGUGUCACUGAAACAGCACCAUUGAGGAUGCAUGCAUUGGAAGAAGGGAACAACAACAAGAGAACAGCAAAAUUUAUGAGCCAAUGAGUCAGUGAAAAGGCUUUUUAAAAAUUCAGGUGAAUACAUGACUGAGAGCCCCUCAAAUGCCAUUGCAGCCUAUGGCAGUAUUUUUAAUAAGAUUUUAUUAAAGUUUUAUAAGUUAUUUUAACAAAACAAGAAAAACUUCAGAGACUUAAAACUAAUGGGUCACAGCUAGGUGGCUGUUGGAGUUUUGGACCACUUUAUAAUUAGCUGAAAUCCAAAUAUGUUACAGUGCAGGCCGUUCACGUUGACAAUGGUACUAACUUAUUUCUCUAGAAACCUUUAGAGUAGAUAUAUUUUUGUCAAAGCACCCCAUCCUUCCUCGAUUUAAAUUUCAAUAUUGUUCCUGAAGAUAUUUCUGUAUAUUAAUGGUACCUUUUUUAAAAGAAACAGAAAAUUACUUUUUUCUAUAUGAAUUAAUAUCUUACUUGAUCUGCUUUUCCUUGACUUUCCCUUAGAGAGGGGGUAGGGUUGGGUCAGUUUACUGGAUAUGACUGUUUUCAGAUACUUAUAAACCUUUUUGUAGAUAUGCUUAAUUUUUAAGCGAUUAGGCACUGAGAGUAGCAGAAAUCCUGCAAAGCUUUAUAGUUCACUAGGCAUUUGCCUUUGUUGGUUCUCUGAGUGAUGUCUUGAUUUGAGUAGCUAGAAUUUUCCCUGAAUCUACUAGAAGGGGUAUCAGUAUUUUCAGGUAACAAAGUCUGUUAGCACAACAAAAAUUUCAGACCAAUAUCUUACUGUAUUGGGGUUGGGUUUUUUUUUCCUUGUUUGUUUUGUUUUAAUUUUUAUUAAUUUCAGCUGCUUUCAUUUUGGAAAAUCUUAUUGCUAUUGUGUGUACUUCAGUAUACCAGCAAACACUGUUACCCGUUAACACAUUGUCCACAAAUGCCUCUAGAGAAGAAAUUGUUGCACCUUAUGUAUAUCUCAAGCAAACCAAAAUAUGAUGCUUUUCUGCUUUGUUUAUUCUGAAUAUGUUGUAUCAUACUUUACUGAACCCAUUUUAACUUAGCUAAAGCUAUCGAUAUUUAUGCAUUUCACAUUAUUUUCUGGAUCUGAACCUGUGUAUAAAUCUUUCUUUAAAAAAAAAAAAAAAAAGAGAAAAGAAAAGCAUUUACCGUAGUCGUCCUCUGUGACUUAUCCAUGGGAGGGGGGAAUCUUGUCUCAAGUGUAAAAUGCAGUACUGUCCCAGUUUUCCUUGGCUUUUAUUUAUUUAGUGAUCUUUGAUAUUUCAUAUGUAGUUUUGAGGUAUACAAAAUACAUUGUCGUAGCCGAAGCUACAGAUCUAAGCAGCUGGGAGAAAAUUACUGUAAUGUUGUCUUCAUUGUUCUAGUACUGUAUACAAAUAUGGGAAAAAUGUUCUGCAGAACAUUUGAGAUGCAGAUUCUUGUCCCCACAGUAGGUUAUUUUCCAGAUAUUAGACCAAAUCAAUCAAAACUCAAUGAUCUUAAAGGUCUUUCCUGAACUAAAUGAUUCUAUGAUUCUAAAAACAUCUAUGGAGAUUACUUAAUGCUCUGCUUAUGGCAGGAACUACCCCUUGAAUGUGCUGUGAUUUCAGAAAUAGAAUAUAUUUAUUAAAGAUGACUGAAUGCUCUUUUAUACUAAUACAAUAUUCCAAAGUCAUGAGCAAGAGACUUCUUGGUAGUUUGGGUUUCUGUUUUAUAGCAUUGGUGCAUGACUUUUGAAAUUAAAAUGGUAAGUGCUGUUGGAGAGGGGCACAGGAACAAGGGACUGGUAGAAGCCUGUGAACUUGUGGUGUUUAAAUUCCAGCUUUGGUAUUUAUUAUUUGGGUGAAAGCUGCCUUUGUAGCACAAGGAUAAAGAGCACUUUGCAGUUUGUAUCAAGUAGAAACCCAAGAGAGUUGUAACUCACAUCAGAAUGAGUGGAUGCCUUAUAGUUUGGAUGCUAUUUUUUGGAACAGGAUAUUAAAUUGAAGCCGUUUUAAUUUCCACUGCCUGCUUAGCUACUAUACAGAUACAGAACAGACAGAAGGCAACAGCUGUAGACGUGGGGCAGCUAAGAGAGGAUGAAAGAAAACGUGGCCUUUGUUCUCAGUAUGGCAAAGUAAUGGCAACAAAGAGGAAUUAAGGAAAAAAGAUAGAUGUAUAUAUAUGUGUGUGUGUAUGUGUGCAUGUGUGUGUGUGCCUGGGUGUGUACAUUCUGCAAAAAAACCCAAACUGUAGGAAAAAGAAAAACAUGAUGGGUCUACAAGAGACUGUAAUGGAUAUUGACCCUUUGAGCGCACUCCCUUUUUUUGAAUGCUGAGUCUAAUAUGGCUACCUCUCCUAAAAGACUACUUUUGUUAACUUCCUUUUGCUUUCAGACUUGAUCGUGUAAACCUUUCAGCCAUUGAUACCAUUUGUAUAUCGCUGUGUGCUUUACUUUCUCAGAGCAACGUUUAUAUAGAGCAGACAACGCAAAGACUGAAUAUACAGUGGUAGCCAAACUAUGUUGCUGGAGCAUUUUUGUUUAACCUCUGCCAUGGUCGUAUGGAUUGCAGGACGUGGGCAGUGUAGGUAGUUGGUUCAGUGAGGUCAGUUUUUGUAGCAGCAGAAAAUGCACUUCUUGUUGGAGGGGUGGACUUCAGAUAUUGCCAGAGGUGACGCAGUAAGCCAAAUGCUGCUCUUGAAAGUUAUGCUGAAGUUUACGUUUGCAAUCCUGAUUUCACAAGAAAACGUAACUUGUGUGUUGUAUACCAUACAUUAUCCAUUAGAUGCUGUUUGUUUGCCGUGCUUGUUUGGUAGAUUGUAGAGCUCCUAAGUAUCUUUGCCAUGUUUUGUAAUAUUUGUGGCAUUCUCCUUACCUUGUACAUAUUAUGGAACUGUCACCUACAGCUGCCAGGAUGCUGAGGCACUUCAGGACCCUGAGUGCCAUGAACGAGUGAUUUAGGCUGUGAAAGAGUUACUUGCCUUUUCCCCUGAAUUCCCCAAUAAAAAAUAAAUAAUGAAAAAAAAACCUA